AUGGGCAAAACCAAGAAGGAAAAAGAGGACAAGGAAUGGUGGAGCCCGUCGAGCCAAUUGCACGAGGCCGAUGAUGGAUUUGCGAGUCUGGACACGGCUUUCAGACACACGUUUGAUGGCAACUUGACAUCAUGGCUCUCCAUACGUGUUGCCAGGAAUGCCGGGAUGCCCUGGGAUCCUAUACGGACUACUGGCCAUUUGGCAGCGACAAAUCUUGGCACUUUCUCUGCAUUUUCGCGCGCCAGCUCCACUGCGAGACAAAAUAUCGAUGCGUGCCUUGCCGAUCCGAUCGCACUGGGAAUCAAGCCUGUCCCUAAAAAUAACUUGCGUCAUACCCGAAUCCGGAAUGCUGUCAGUGUGGAUACACAGACUGAUAGUGAGACCCACGCCCAAUGUCUCUCACUUACACACCCUCCUUUACGACGGAAGCUAUGCCAGACUGCGACAGGACUAGGACUACGCAAUAGCGAGACCACUGCUCCCGAACCAAGCCAAUUGGACGGACCAGGGAGCUCGUUCUUCAAUCCGCGACGCUCGCUUUCUCUCAACUGCAAGCCCAAAGAAGUACCGCUCCACAUUCUGCAAAGACGUCACAGCGGCUACCCAACGCCACCCGACUCAAGCAGCCCAACCCGCUCUACAUUCCAGAUUCACCAUCCGAAGCCUUUCUCUCCAGGCCGUCGCCAUUCGUAUCUUCCUCCUGCAGACUGGGCACCCGCAGACGUUGUCUUGACACGCAGCCAAAGUCUCAAUACACACGCACAACGACCUCCUACACUGGCACGGAGUCAGAGUCUCAAUCCGAACGCACAGCAGCUUCCCAAUUUUGAGACAUCUGCUAGCCAGAGGCAGCAGCUGCCCAUAAGAAGGAAGCCCGUCAGAAGCGACACUCAAAACUCUACAGCUACUACAGUGUCAGUCAGUGUCCAAAAUCUAAAGCCCGUGCCGCCACCAAAGAACCACGAGCUACCGCCGCCACCUCCGCCCAAGCCAGCAACUUCCGCCCGGCUUCAGAAGGCAAGAUCCAGCCCCCGGCCGAACAACCUCAAAGUGGGAAGAAAGCCGCCUCAGACCCAUCGAACCCAAGGUACUGCGGAAAUCAUUGGUGAAGUCUUUGCCGACCGGACGAGCAACUACGUCAACAGGCCUUUGCUGUCACCAACACAAACAGUCCGGCCUCCAACACCCCCAAAAGCCCGGCAACCAACCAGUCCUCCUCUACCUCUGCGUCGAACCGGCUCUUUUCUUCGUCGUAUCACCGGCACAAUGUCGCACCAAUCACCCGAAAUGAGCAAGCCGAAGCCGACGGAGGAGCGCGAGCGCGAGCGCCGCAGCAGCUCUAGCCGCAAGCACCGGUCCCGGCACAGCCGGCCGUAUGCCGACACGAUUGAUUCCCUCGACCGCGUUGGCGGUGUUGUGUACCACCACGAGGGUCCCUACGAUGCGACACUAGCGGCUGUUAACAGGAACAAGAAGAAGUCGCCGCUCGAGGCCGUCAAGGACUCCAACAACGAAGCCCUCAAGGCAACACCGCGCGAAUACAUUCAGGAUUCGUUGUCCAAGCACGUUCCGCUGCAGGGCACAUCCAACAUCCCGUCCGGUAUGCCGGACCGCAACGGCAAUGUGCUGCACUACGAGGAGGGUGCCGACCUAAUGCGGGAGCCGGAUGCCCCAGGUGGCGCGUACCGGCGGUAUGAUUUUCUUCAAUACCACCCCGACGACCUCAAGGGCAAGGGCGAGCCGUCGUACUCGAUUGAAAAGGCGAUGAAGGAAAACAACGGAAAGCUGCGCAAGCACAGCUCGUCGCUGAGCCACGGUGCGCCCCCCUCCAUGGUGUUCGAGAUGGAGAGCCGCAGCGGCCGCCGCCGCGGCGAUGGUGCCCAAGAACCACUGCUGUCAUCCAAAGGCAGAGCAACAGAGUCGACACGGCGUAGGAGCUUCAGCCACGCCUCGGAAGCAGGUCCCUCGGCAUGGAGGUCGGGUGCCGAUCUGGAUUCGGCGGAUCCCAACCGACUCGCUGUGUCCAACGACGGUAGUGGCCUCAGUCGCAGCGGCUCGAACCGCCUCACGGACGGCAUAAAGCGCCGGUUUGGCAGUUUACGGCGGAAGUAA